CCCCUCCCCUCCUCCACCAGUUCCUCCUUCAUUUCAUCAUGGUCGCUGAUCUCUUUGUUCCCGAAACACGGGUCCUCGCGGUAGCCAGCCAUGUACGUGAUGCUCAUCUCUCAUCUUUUUCCACAGACCCUCAAAUAGUCAGCUGACCUAGUCGGACUAGGUCGUCUACGGAUAUGUCGGCAAUAAAAUGGCCAGUGUGGUCAUGCAGCUACUGGGUUGUGAUGUUGCCGCGCUGAAUACAGUGCACUUCAGCAACCACACGGGCUACAGGCAAUUCAAAGGGACAAGAGCAACGGCUGAAGAGAUCUCCGCGCUCUACGAGGGCCUGACCCAAAGCCACCUUACUGACUUCGAUGUUAUGCUGUCUGGCUACGCCCCCAGCGCUGCCGCAGUGGAGGCUGUUGGGGCUAUAGGGAUGGAUCUUCAGCGCAAAGCAGAGAAGAAACCAGGUUCAUUCUUCUGGGUCCUGGACCCGGUCAUGGGCGAUCAAGGCCGACUCUAUGUUAACAACGAUGUCGUCCCCGCAUACAAGGAGAUGAUUCAUCACGCAGACUUGAUCCUACCGAAUCAAUUCGAGGCCGAAGUCCUAUCCGGAGUCAAAAUCACCUCUCUCAGCACCCUCGCAGAAGCCAUCACCGCUAUUCACGCCACCUACAAGGUUCCCCACGUUAUCAUCACAUCCGUCCAGAUUUCCAACCUCUCAGAUUCAUCAUCCGCAUCAUCCACUACGUCUUUCGCAAACACGCUCACCGUGAUCGGCUCCACCACUCGCUCUGAUGGCUCCCCGCGUCUGUUCCGCGUCGACGUUCCCGCACUCGACUGUUAUUUCAGCGGGACCGGGGACAUGUUCGCAGCCCUGACGGUGGCUCGGCUCCGUGAGGCCGUCUUUGCCGCCGACCCCGCCCUCCGCACCACCAAAUCCUGGGUCUCCCCAGAUGACGUCCCCGCCACAGCAUUACCAUUGGCACAGUCCACCGUCAAGGUUCUAGCCAGCAUGCACUGUAUUCUCGAGAAAACCAUGGAAGCGCGUAACACUGAGCUUCAAGCAACAGUUGUCUCCAACGGGGAGGUGCUUAGUGAAGAAGAGAGCAAGAAACAAGAGCACCUACGCGAGAGCAAAGCCGCAGAGGUGCGAGUAGUGCGACACGUCCAAUUCCUGCGCGAGCCGACGGUGGAAUUCCUGGCGCAGGAAUGGAGCAAAGACGAUCUGCCAGCACAAUUCCGGUGAACACUUUUUUCUGUAAUUCAGUCAUGGGGUCUGCAUAGAUCGAGCAUAGAUGUUGUUUAGCAUGGUCAGGGCUUGGUUUUUGAGGUCUGUAGACAACAGACUUUCAUUCAAGGAUUAGAUGAUAAGGAGAGUAUGAGGUAUAGAACGUGGGCUGUAUAAUAACAAUGUUUCAAGUUCAAAUGCAUUUCAUGAGGUAUACG